UCUAUUUUGAUCCGGGUUGAUUUCCGGUCAAAGACGAGCAGGAUGGCGACUCACAUGUCGAGGUGCAGGACUUGGUGUCGGUUUCAGAGGUUUGGAAUUGCAGCCUACAGAAAGUACAGCACAGGCGGAGGAUAUCCCAAUAUCUCCCUCUCGACGCCGCUGCCUGGCAUCCCAAAGCCAGUGUUCGCAUCUGUGGAUGGUCAGGAAAAAUACGAGACCAAGAUCACAACUCUAGAAAACGGCCUCAGAGUUGCUUCUCAAAACAAGUUUGGUCAAUUCUGUACGGUUGGAAUUUUAAUAAAUUCUGGAUCGAGACAUGAAGCAAAAUAUCCAAGUGGAAUUGGGCACUUCUUAGAAAAACUCGCCUUUUCUUCCACAGCUCAGUAUGGGAGUAAAGAUGAAAUCCUUCUCACACUGGAAAAACACGGGGGCAUUUGUGACUGCCAAACAUCGAGGUAUUUACCCAGAUUUGAAGAGGUGGAGAUGAUCAGAAUGGCGGUUCGCUUUGAGUUGGAAGAUUUGAACAUGAGGCCGGACCCCGAGCCGCUGCUGACGGAGAUGAUCCACGCUGUGAGUGACAACUCUGUGACCUUUAUUGAUCUGUUUCAGCUGGACGGCCACCAGGAGUUUCAACAGAACUGUGGGUUGAUCAGGUUAAUAAUGUUUUAUUCCUUUCUAAUUUGUCAGAUGGAGAAGGACAUGUCUGACGUGAGUCUGGGUCCGACGCCGAUCCCAGAACUCACCCACAUCAUGAUCGGCUUGGAGAGCUGCUCCUUCCUGGAGGAGGAUUUCAUCCCGUUCGCUGUGUUGAACAUGAUGAUGGGAGGCGGCGGCUCCUUCUCAGCAGGAGGGCCUGGGAAAGGCAUGUUCACUCGUUUGUACCUGAACGUUCUCAACAGGCAUCACUGGAUGUACAACGCCACUGCCUACCAUCACAGCUACGAGGACAGCGGGCUGCUCUGCAUCCAUGCGAGCGCAGAUCCCAGACAGGUGCGGGAAAUGGUGGAAAUUAUAACCAGAGAGUUCAUCCAGAUGGGCGGCAGCGCAGGAGAGAUGGAGUUGGAGCGAGCCAAGACUCAGCUGAAGUCCAUGUUGAUGAUGAAUCUGGAGUCCCGGCCCGUUAUCUUUGAAGAUGUCGGGCGCCAGGUUCUGUCUACAGGAAAGAGAAAGCUGCCUCACGAGCUCUGUGACCUCAUAAGCAGCGUGACGGCCAGCGACAUCAAGAGAGUGACCACCAAGAUGCUGCGGAGUAAACCUGCAGUGGCGGCUCUGGGAGAUCUGACGGAGUUACCGACGUACGAACACAUCCAGGCGGCGCUGUCCAGCAAAGAUGGCCGCCUGCCUCGCAUCUACCGCCUCUUUCGAUAAGACGCCGCCGCCGCUGCUGCUGCGUAACCCUGACAGGACGAUUACUCUAUCGUUUCCUCUCAAACACAGAACUCGGCACCGCUCAGUCUGGGAGAGGACCGGACGUUUUUAAAGAAACUCUUUUUGCUGCGCUCAGCUGGUCAAUCUGUAUUUAUUGUCCACAUGAGCAGGAAGCCACAAAUUACCAGGAGUUUGGUUUUAAAGGGACGAUUUUUCCUCCAAAAAACAAAAUAAUUAUGUUGCUUGUUAGUUUAUGGAUAAUUCAGAAGACCUGGUAUAUAAAUUGUUACUGUAAAAAUUAUAAUGUUCUUGCCCAAGGUGGAAAUGAUACAUUCUGUUAAUGCUGCCUGAAAUAAUUAACUUCAGAUAUGCAGGUUUUGACUCUACAGGAUUAAAUACUUCCCUAGCUGAACAUCUUUAAAAGAAGCAAAUGUUCUUUCUGUACACUGGAUUAUGGACAGAUAUGAGAUGCAUUUUAUCCCUGGAAAUUACAGUUGUCUGUAAUAAAGAUUUGGAGAGUGAGGUUGUAAGAUAAGAUGGACUUUGGACAAAAUUGGGUAAAUUUUAGUUGUUGUCCAGCGAACUAAUUCAACAGAACCUCAGCUAAGAUGUUUCUGUGUUGGAGAAAAGUAAAGAUCUUAUCUAACUUCA